CCAAAUCCAAGUGCGUGGGUCCAUAAUUUAAUGCAGCGAUUCAUGUCAGGCUGUUGGGUUCAGGGCUAGAUCUUUUAAGUGUGUUGCGUCGCUAACGUCACUGAGGACUAUGAGCCAUUAAAACGUAAAGCUGGUAAACCAACGCUGAAGACUGCUUCGAGGUAGGAUUGUGGGCGUGUGCGUGUGUGCGACUGCGAGUGUACCGAAACUAGGAGCGUUGUGUCGUCCUCCGGGCUCCCACGGGUCCGCCGCCUGGCCGAUGUGAUCGAGAGUCUUCCCUCAGGCUCUCCAGAGCAAGGCAUGGGGGACAGCCAGUGCCCCGAGAGUGGCGACCCCAUGGGGGCGCUAACCACGCCUCCUCUGGAGGCCUCGUCUCCGCCGGAGGGCCAGCUGAACCACGUGGGCUGGCUGGCGGAGCACAUCGGCAGCCUCCUGCUCCAGCCCGAGUACUCGGACGUCACGCUGGUGGUGGGAGGAGCCCGUCUGCCCGCACACCGCCUCAUCCUCGCCUCCUGCAGCAGCUACUUCAGGGCUCUGCUGUAUGGGGGCAUGCGGGAAUCUCAAGAGGAGGAGGUGGUGCUUCGGGACACUCCCCGAGAGGCCUUCGAGCUGCUGCUGCGCUACAUCUACACGGGGCAGCUGCAGCUGUCCGGGCUCAAGGAGGACGUGGUGCUGGAGGUGCUUGAGCUGAGCCACCUCUACGGCUUCCUGGAACUGGAGGCCGGGGUGUCCCGCUUCCUGGAGCAGGUGCUCGGGGUGCGCAACGUGUGCCGCAUCUACGACCGUGCCUGCCUCUACCAGCUGGGGGCCCUGGCACAGGCCUGCCGCCUCUUCGUCGACCGCCACGCCAUGGCCAUCCUCAACUCGGACUCCUUCCUCAACCUGUCCCCGGUGGUGUUGCGGGAGAUGAUCGGCCGGGACUCGUUCUUUGCGCCCGAGGUGGACAUCUUCCGCGCCGUCUGUUCCUGGGCCGCCCACAACCCAAGCUCGGACCCUAAGCCCAUCCUGGAAAUGGUGCGCCUUCCCCUGCUGACGGUGCCCGAGCUGUUGAAUGUGGUACGCCCCACGGACCUGGUAGGGCCAGACUGCAUUCUGGAUGCCAUCCAGCUCUGCACCGAGACCAGGGAUGCCGACCGCCCCUACCGAGGAAGCCUCUUGCCUGCGGAGAAUGUGGCGAGCGUGUCCCACGGGGCCCAAGUGCUUGCGGGGGAGAUGCGCAGCGCCCUGCUGGACGGGGACAGCCAGGGCUACGACAUGGAGCGAGGCUUCACCCGGCACCCCAUCGAGGACGGGGGGUCUGGCCGACGGACGGGCAUCCUGGUCAAGCUGGGCAGCCCCUGCAUCCUCAACCACCUGGCCCUGCUGCUCUGGGACAGGGACAACCGGGCAUACAGCUACUACAUAGAGGUGUCUGUGGACCAGAAGGACUGGGUGCGGGUGGUGGACCACUCCAAGUACCUGUGCCGCUCCUGGCAGAAGCUGUACUUCAAGGCACGGGUGGUCCAGUACAUCCACAUCGUGGGCACGCACAACACGGUGAACCGGGUGUUCCACGCGGUGUCCCUGGAGUGCCGGCACGUGGGGGAAGGGGCCAUGCCGGAGCUGGAGGAGGGCCUGGUGGUACCUCGGGAGAAUGUGGCCACGGUCUCCCGCUGCGCCUACGUGGUGGAGGGGGUGAGCCGUUCCCGCAACGCCCUCAUCAACGGGGAGACCGGCAAGUACGACUGGGACUCUGGCUACACCUGCCACCAGCUGGGCAACGGGGCCAUCGUGGUGCAGCUGGCGCAGCCCUACUGCGUCGACUCUAUGCGGCUCCUACUGUGGGACUGUGACUCCCGCCAGUACAGCUACUAUGUGGAGGUGUCGGUGGACCAGCAGAAUUGGACCAUGGUGGCAGACAGGCGUCAGGAGCUCUGCAGGUCGUGGCAGCUGCUGCGCUUCCCUCGCCAGCCCGUGGUGUUCGUCCGCAUCGUGGGCACCCACAACACGGCCAACGAGGUGUUCCACUGCGUGCACUUCGAGUGUCCCGCUCAGAGCCUGGAAACGGGCGGCGCCCCCAAGGGACGGCCGGACCAGCGGUCUCCCCCGAACCAGGCCAGCAGCCAGUCGAGCAGCAGUCAGACGCCGUGCAAGGCAGACUCCUAGCCUCGCACGCCCAACGUUGGAUCCCCUCGCAUCUCCAUCGCGACCACAAAGUGUUCUCUAGCAAGCUGCAGACUUUUCGAAAAGAGCUGGAGCCUACAGCAAGCUCGUUGCCCCCGGUGUGUCCCUCCUCCAGACUCUCGUGGCGUGUGCUAACAGAAGCCCCCCGUGUUCUGCUCCAUCCCCGCUGCAACACCUUCCCGGAAACAAACUACCGCGGUAGACAGAAACUGUGCGGGAAGGGCGUCGCCGCACGGAAGCACUAGUCCAGUAGAGCCCACUAACCGACCUACGGCACCCUAGGUGAUAGUCGUUAGAAGGGCACUUUGUUGUCGAGUAAGUCGCCCUGAAAACCGGUGAGUAAAAUUGUGAUUGUAGAAAGCUUG